AUGCCCACCCCAAAACUAAAUACCCAAAAACCCAAACUCUCGAUCCCCAUCAUUGACCUUUCCGAUCCCCAAUCAACGGUGGUUGACCAGAUCCAUCACUCCGCUUCCACUCUUGGGUUCUUCCAGGUAAUCAACCAUGGCAUUCCAAUGAAAGUUAUGGAUCACGUGCUCUCUUCUGUCAAGUCCUUUCAUGAAUUGCCGGAGACUACAAGAAUGCAGUAUUACUGCAGGGAUAUGUCUCAUGGUGCAGGUUAUUUUACAAACUUUGAUUUAUACGAGUCCAAGGCCGCACACUGGAGGGACUCUUUACAAGUCCGUCUUGGCCCCACACCUCCGGAAUGGGAGUAUGUUCCGGAAGUGUGCAGGAAAGCACUGGCAGAGUGGGACUGCGAGGUGGUGAAUUUGGGAGAGGAGUUGAUGGGGAUGCUAAGCGAGGGAUUGGGAUUAGAAAGAGAGAGGUUAAAGGAUAAGUCGUUUAUGGAUUCCAGAAACUUGUCUGGACAUUACUAUCCGUACUGUCCACAACCAGAGUUGACGAUCGGUCUGAAGUGGCAUACGGAUCCCGGGAUGCUGACGGUGGUGUUGCAGAAUGAGAUUGUUGGGUUGCAGGUGAAACAUGGUGAGGAUUGGAUUGAUGUGGAGCCUGUGCCUGGUGGUCUUGUCAUCAACAUCGCAGAUAUGCUUCAGAUCCUGUCCAAUGAUAUAUACAAAAGCGUAGAGCAUCGAGUGUUGGCCAACCCUUUGCGCGAACCACGAGUCUCUGUUCCAUAUUUUUUUGGCCCAAGCAAGGUUGACACAUUGUAUGGACCAUUGCCGGAAUUGGUGGCGCCACAGAAACCGGCUAUUUAUCGGCAAUUCACACUCGCGGAUUUCAUGCAGAGAUACUUCAUGGAAGAGUUACAAGGCAAGACUGUGACGAAUUACUUCAAAGUAUCAAAUGCAGAAGUGACGACACUGGGCAAGCAAGUAGACCAUACAUAA